AUGUCGUCACAAGACGUCGCAAACCAUUAUAAUGCAAUCCCCAACAAAACUACGGAAGACAGACGCUCAUCAAAGAUCAUCCAUCUUCGAAAUUACAAUAAUUGGAUGAAAAGCAUGCUGAUUGGUAAGAUUUUUAGUCAUUAGUUUUUGUUUGAUGUUUAGGAAAUAAUAACUGGGCCAUGUUUUAGCCAGAUUCAUAAAAAGGCUCAACAAAAAAGGAAUAGAACGACCUUCGGUGCUCGAUUUAUGCUGCGGGAAAGGUGGAGAUUUAUCCAAAUGGAAAGUGUCGAAUAUCAAAGAGAUUGUUAUGACUGGUAAGUCGAGUUUUCUAUAAGAUAAAUUUACAAGUCUUCUGCUUUGUUUUGACACCAAUAUCUUGUUUGUAGAUGUAGCUGCAGUCUCCGUGGAACACGCCAAAGAUCGGUACAAAGAGACGAUCGACCGAAUGAGAAACGAACGCCGUGACCCUUUUAAUGCUCAAUUUGUUGUAGCAGAUGCUGGAAAAGAGUGUCUGGCAGACAAAUACGAGCCCAAGGAACGACUCUUCGAUCUGGCCAGCUGUAUGUUCGCCUUACAUUAUCAGUUCGCGGAUGAGAAAAGAGCCAGGAAAAUGAUUGAAAAUAUCACCGAAAGGCUCAGACCCGGAGGCUACUUUAUUGGAAUACUGACAGACCCUGAUCAGAUCAUGUGAGUGGAUAGUGUUUUGAGAAGUUUUAUUUCGUUUAGAGAGCUUUUUUUGAGCAGAUUUUGGCCUAAAGUAAUAUCUAAAAUAAUGUCGAAAGAUUGCAGAAACCUGGUCAGGAAUAAAGGAGCCGAUAACAAAUACAAGAAUGAAGUAUGUAGCGUGACUUUUGAGAAUUUCGAUGUCCACAAAGAAGAAUCGAAGAUCCCUUUGUUCGGCGCAAAGUUAUAUUUUGCCCUUGAUGAAGUCGUCAACUGCCCCGAAUAUUUCGCGAAAUUCGCAUUGUUAAAACAGUAAGUUGGCAGUUAAGAGUACUUGAUAUUGUUUGUGACAAUAUACAAUACUUUUUUUUUGUUCAGAAUAAUGUCGACCUUGUUUUAGGAUGAUGAAAGAAAACGGAAUGGAAUUGGUGUAUACAAAGCCAUUAAAUGAGGGAUAUAAAGACUUCAUCAAGAAGGGAGAACAUUUCCGCCUGUUCAAACGAAUGAAUGCCCUCGAGGCAUUCGGACGAAAAGAAAUGUCGGACAGUGAUGGACAUAGGAAGGAGUACAGCAAGGCCUACAGUUAUCUCAAUGAACAUCCAGAACAGGAAUUUGUGGUGAGUUGUUUCUUUUGAGACAUGUGGUUUUUUUGGGAAUAUUUAAAGAAAGUAGACCUUUUUUUUGAUUUUCUUGUUAUGGAUAAUAUAAUUUUUGGUCGAAAAUUAGAAGUAAAGGAGUGAUGGGGAAGUCUGGUGGUGUGCAAAGGAUAUAAUGUUUAUUUUAUGAUUAUUGGAAGGUUUUAACACAUAUUUUUCACUUUUUUUUGCCAAGGAUAAUAUAAUUUUUGGUCAAAAAUUAGAAGUAAAUGAGUGAUAGGGAGCUCUGAUGGUCAGCAAAGGAUAAUAAUGCUUAUUUUAUAGUCAUUAGAAGAGUUUGAACACAUAUUUUUUACCUUUUUUUGUCAUGGAUAACAUAAAAAUUUGGAAUUUUUUGUUUACAGGGAACCCUCAGUCGCUCCGAAUGGGAAGUGAUAUCAAUGUAUCGAGUCUUCGCGUUCAAGAAGACCGAUCCCAACGAGAAAAGAGAAACCCGAACCCCCGAACCGGAGAUCAGCGAAGACGAGGAACCUCCGGCAAGAGACCGAAAACGCCGAAAUCAAGACGAGGAUGACGAAUACUACAAGCAGAGAAGACAGAAAGCGCACUAA